AUGACCCCCCAAAAAGCUAUUGGACAACAGACUUUGCAGCAGAGAAAAUAUUUGAAUGGUACCGGAAAGCUACUUGCUGCUUGGAUCCAUGACAACCAUGUAGACACUAUUCACUUUGACAAUCUGCACCAGCAUGGACCAAGACAUUUAAAACAAAUCUUUCAAGCAGUCAAUGGAGUACAGUCGGAAAGCUAUAUCUUUGAUCCAGAAGAAGUACAAUCAUCUGGAUGCAAUCAUGAAGUAAACAGCUAUAAAUGCAAUGAACAAGGCAGCAAUAAAUCCAAAUUCAAAGAGAACAGUGAAAAUGAAGAACCCAAAAAUGAAUUCCAGAAGGAUGAGGUAAACAAAACAGAAAAUAAAAAUCCAGUAAACAGUACAAGAGAAACUCUCUGGAAUCACAGAGGCAAUGAUUCUCAAGAGCACAGCCUUGUGGGGUAUGCUGCAAAGCUUGAUGUUGCAGUCAAUGGUGGCAACUCCUGUGCUCAGCACUCCAUGCUCAUCCCCAACACAAGCCCAGUGAAAGAAACCAGUGAAAAGGGAACCUCCAGCCAGUCAGAGGCUUCUUCAGCCAGCAACAGAGAAUUUUACACCAAAUCAAAUAGGUCUGGACAAGAACUUGACCUAGAGACAGGCAGUCAAAGUAAGGCAAUCAGCAAUGUGCCUAACAGUAUUCCAGACUCCCAGUCUGCAGAAGACAGCAUCUUUCUCAAAGGAAACUCAAUACCGCAGACAGAAAACAGUGCCAUAAGACUGCCAAAUAUUGAUUAUCCCCAAAAUGGCAAUCAAACGGGGAACUAUGUUGAAAAAUACAGCUUUUCAGUCAACUUUGCACAUUCAGACCAAAACACUAGUGCUUCAGCAAUACAGGAGCGGGACUUUUGUGUAAUCCCACCUUCACCUGCGAAAGAGAGCAGUAUUGAACCUUUUAAAACUGACUCUGCAAGUUUGACUGAGAGCCUUACUGGGGGUAUCACUGCAGUGGCUGUUACCAAAGUGACACAGGUACCCACACAGACAAACCAUAAAGAUGUCAAUAGAGGGACUGAAGAGGAAGACGCAGAAGUUGCAGCAGCUCUGGCUGCACUGGAAGCUGCAACAGCAGGAGAGGACCUAGAAGAUGAUGGUGAAUACUAGAUGGUUUGCUUCUAAUACACUGGAUAAGAUCCAGGUCUUAUUUCUGGAUCCAUAUGAACAGAUAUACAGCACACAUGGAGAGCUGUUAUGAACAGCAUAUAUAAAAGGAGUAGGGGCCAAACUUUGGCUGUUUUAUACAGCCUUUUAAUUUCUACUGCCCGAGGUACAGAAGUGCUCCCUUGACUAAUGGUAAUGCUCUU